AUACAAAUUGGAUCAAUGGCAGGCUGGUAAGUACACGUCGCAGGCUCGCACUGGGUCGUACCAUCGUUCGGAAACACCCUAAUAUGUUAUCAUUCGACAUCAUUUUCGGACGUCCAUUGUCUGGAAAUCUGAAUGAUCAACCCUCUAGCUUUGAUUUCAUUUCUCGCUCCAAUCAACCAAAAUACCUUGUGCACGACAUGCUUCAAACACCGCAAGAAAUUCAAAAAAAAUGAGGUUUUCGAGGAGAUGUAGGAGGGCGUGCGAUUAGCAUGUUUGAUCUUGAGACUCGGAAACGUUCUCCAAAAAGGAUUUGGAAUAAAACAUCACUGUUCUAUUCGACUUACUGCUGAGAAACACUAUGUCUUUGUCUAAAAUAUCCUUCGAGAGUGCCUCCCAUUUCACGAUCCAGGGGUCUGAGAUCAACAACGUCGGUCGGGACCACAUUGUUAUCACAAACAACAACUACCACCAACAUCAUGAUGAAUAUCUAAUCAAUCUCAUUGCGGGGAAGCGGUUUCGCUCAAUUCCCUUCGGAGACGUCUUCUUACUAGGUACAAUGGCACGGGUCACAUAUGGUUCACAAGGAUCUGUGAAGGUCGUACGAUCGUUCCACCCUGCUAGAGUGACUGGGCUAGGAGAUAACACCCCCUUCACUGUCGUGACUUACAAAGGUCCUCAUGCUAACGAGGCUUUCAGAAAUGACGUUCUCCAAUACUCAAGAUUGCGACAUCCCAAUUUGGCCCAGUUGUUUGGAAUCCUUCAGUGUGAUCCGUCACUCGAAGGAAUGUUACUUCAUUCUGCGCUAGUUCCAUUACAGCACUUCGCCGGACUGUGUGCAUCCGAUCCUUUCGCGUUCACAUACCUCAAAUAUCGCUACGUGAGUUUGCAAAUUGUAUCUUCAACGCGUUUCACAGAUCUUCACGGGACUCAGUUGGUAGACUCUGUGGCAGCCGCCAGAACAACGGAGUCAAUGCACCGAUACAUACCACCAGAACAAUAUUGGAUGCAACCUACAUCUGGGUUGAUAUGCAUGGGUCCACUUGGUCCAUUAUACGAGUCUCCUAGGAAAUACGAAAAUAUCUACGCUCUUUGGCCACGCGAUUCCGAUUAUUUUCAACCCACGACCAUUCCUCAGCUUGAUUUUCAAAAUUAUACUUCGUAUGAAAAUGUCAUAAGUCACAUCGAGCAGCAUUUCGACACUUUUGAGACUUUUGUGGGGUCGCACCUUGGUAGCAAAUCAGUGGAAGUAUUGUUUGCUAAAGGGAAUCCUCUUUGGUUGUCCUUCGGAUCAGUAAUUAGCGUUUCUGAGGACGAUGAUUGUGGUGUGAGCAUCUCGAUAGAUCUCGAUCCGCAUUCGCUCGUCACUAAUUUCUGUCACAGCUUACUUUGAAAUCCCCAAAACUGCUCGCUCAAGCUUGUCUUGAGGAUACUACUGCUUACUCGAUUGGAAGAUGGACCAGUCUCUAUCAUGAUGAUGUAUUGAUGAGUA